AGUAAGCACGCAGGUUGAUGAAAAAUCGACGAAUUUGGUGCCGUAUUUCUUUGUUUCGCGAUGAGAUGAACAUAUAUUCAGUGAGAUGGAAAUCGGCACAGUUCCCCCUAUCAUAUUUAUUUCUGGUAUUAUUGAUCUACCUUGAAAGGGGAGAGGGGGGAGAUUCUAUGAAAUUAUUAGAUUCCCAUUGUUGCAAUGCAGUUAAAUGAUCUCGCUUGGUUUCAAAGGCUGUGUUUUGAUAGCUGGUCAAUCUCAGAGCAGAAACUUCGGAUGGUUCACACAACCGGGGGAUGCCAGAUUUCCAUACAAAUCUGUAUAGAAACCAUACUUUACGGAUUUAUAUUAAUCGAGCAAUAUGAAUGCUUUAUCCUAGCUGUCUUUGAACGGAUUAAAUUGGCUAAAUGAGAAUAAAUAUAGGCCAAACUCGAGGUGUCCGGAAAUUCGAAGCAAAAUUGUCCGGUAUUUGAAGCAUCCCUUAUACUGUGUCCGGAUUUCGAAUCAAGCGAUGCUCAAUGUUUUCGAUUAUAUUAGCUAUUUCAUGCAUACAAAAUGUCAUUUUCAGUACACUACAGCAAAUUUGAUAAGUUAAUCUUGACAGGGUGUGUUAUCACUCAGUGUCAGGUACUUAAUUCCGUUUGAAAUAUUGAAAUGAAAAUUCAGCAGUGCUUAGGUGUCCGGACUUCGAGUCAAAACGCAUCGAAUUUUCAUUCUCGCAUUCAUAACAGAUCAUUAACACGAAGAUCCAUCAGUAUCAAAACAAAUAGCGAGCAAAAUAAUCGCGCCCACAAACCAUGUCCCGCUGCGUCGUGCCAGGCUGUUUGAAUCUGCUCCAGGAGUGGACCACCGAGUUUCCGCGAGUGGAGCAGCUCGUCAACCGUUGGCGGGAAGCCAUCCAAGUAGGCACCGGUCAAACGCCUGCGGUGCAUUCCGAUGCGCGAAUCUGCAAGGCGCAUUUCGCCAUACCAUCCCUGCUGGGAGACGAAGACGAUGAUGAGUACGAUGACGAUGCGGAUAGACCCAAGUCCAGCCGGACCGCCGCCAGUCGGGAUAAAUAUCAGGAACCGAGACUUUUCUUUCGGGACAACACCCUCACACAGGUUGCCGAGUGUAAACUUUGCCUUCGCUUCGGCAUAGUAGAUGAAAUGUACAAACCAACGGAAACUAUUGGCGGAAAAGAAACGCUACAUAAAUUGGCGCAAAAAUAUUUUAACCAACCGGAUCAGAAAAACCAAUCCAAAGCCGUGAAAGGAUACUUUUGUGAGGGCUGCGUCGUUCAUAUCGAUAUGGUGCAUUGCUUCUGGUUGAGGAACCAUCUUGCCUGGAAAACUUACAGAAAGGUUCGCGAAUUGAUGACAUCGGAAAAUGUGACUUUUCGUAGCACCGGUACCAGACUGAAAAGAAACAGGACUGCUCUGGUAGUGCUCGAUUCACCACCUCCUGCGAAAAGUGCCUUGGAAGAGACCAACGAUGUUGAUGAAAAUGAUGUAAUCAAAAUCGAUGAUGACUCAAAUGAGGCGAGCACCGAUGUGGACCAACUGGAAGAUACCAUCGUCAAGGAAGAAACGCAACUGACUGAAUCAUACUUAUGGGAAUCGGUUCCGACGCUGCCACCGACCGAAGAAAUUUCCGUAAAGUGUUUCAUAUGCGAUGGACUGUUCGAAAACCGUCAGAUUCUGACCGAUCAUAUUGCCGAAAGCCACCACAGAUGCAGGCGGGUUUGUAACAUUUGUAACGAUGAGUUUCGCUCGGCACUCAGCUACAACGAUCACAUGUACACUCAUAAUAUGUUCCAAUGCAAUCACUGUCCGCUGCAGUUCCACCAUCGAAGGGACGUGGUAUUCCACGAGAUAACACAACACAUAGGGGAAAGGGUGCUGAAAGCGUGCGAUAUCUGCGGGAAGCUGUUCCGGUGUCGCGAUGUGUUGAAUGCGCAUAGGAAUGAACAUUUUCAGACGUAACACAUAUAUACUGAGCGUGAGUAUUUGGUUACUUAAAAAUAAUUGGCCUUAAUUUUAAAAGAU